UACAUUUCCGUACAACAACGAACCAACUCUUUAAGGUGGAAGGAGGCGGACAUGAUCCAGUCUUGCGCGCCGAAGAACAACGACGACUGGUACUGGCUGUACGCGGCGGUGUACACGGGAGGCUCGGUGCUGGUGCUGACGAACGACGAGAUGAGAGACCACCACUUCUCAAUGCUUUCGCACCGCUCAUUCCAGAGAUGGAAGGAGAGACACCAGGCCCGGUUCUACUUCGGCGACUGGAAGGGAGAGGGCGGCGACGACGACGCGCGAGAAGUCAUCACGGAGGAACCCCGGUCGUACUCCAAGCGGACGCAGAAGGGCGUGGACUCUUGGCACGUGCCCCUUGAGCGCUCGCGCGACUGGCUGUGCGCCAGGUGGCAGCCGCAACAGGAACGAUAGCGAACAUACCACUUUUUUUGUGCACAGUUUGGUUCUUGUGUGUGUGCGUUGUGUUACAGCCAUUAGUCAAGGGCGUGAUAACGCCCGCGUCAAAUACUCGCCGGGCUGUCUCUGAUGGCUUCUUCUGUGUUUUGUGUUCUCUCUUAUUGCGUGUGUAGAUUUGUUCGUUUUUCCCCGCGAGCCUUUUUCUGUGCAUGUUCUUGUGGAGCUGUAUGUUCAAACGUGAUGAACGUGCUAUUAUAGUAGCUGCUUCAAUGGCAAGAAGUCACAAGGGCCUAACACAAAUCGGAGCAAAAUGCAUCGGACUUGCUUUGUUAACAGGAGAGCACCAAACGAAAUGGCCCUUUGUACUUCCUGUGAGGAAACGGCCUGUUGUCGGUGGGAGCAUGUUGCUUCUUCGAAGCCCCAAA